GUUCCCGUAACUUUGGCGACACACGUUCCAACCAUCUGGAUGUACAUCCUGCUCUCAAUGUGGCGCAAACGCACCUCGUUAAUCAAGUUCUGCAACGUUCGCACUGCAUGGGUGAGAAUUGACGUGGUCCUUGGGUGAUCAGUUCACGUUGGUUCAAUUCAAUAUCAAGCGCAAGCAAUGAAUGUCGGGAUACCAUAACUCCACUGAUACAGGGUUGUCGUUCCAAGGGAUUUAGUGUCUUAUCUCGAGAACUUUCACGGCCACCACAAUGUCCUCCGGAACCACUGGUGCAAUAAACCCUGCUUUCCCGCCUCCUCCGCCAGAGGGUUUGGCCUAUCUGGCUGCCAUCCGACCGUCGCUCAAUUUGCUCAUGAUCGGGACAGUCUUUACAUCUCUUCUUGUCCCAAUCGCAGUGGCUCUGUUUGUAUUCUCGACGCCCAGCCUACGACGUAAGCCGAUCUUCAUUCUAAAUGUGAUCGCUGUGCUCCUUGGUAUUGCGGAAGGCAUAUUGAACGGCUAUCUUGAGAUCACCGCCAUCAUUUCGCCUCAUAUCGUCAUACAUCCCACGGCUUAUACCGCCUUCACUUGUUUAUGUCUCCUCGUACCGCUUUUUUCAGAGUGUAUCCUCCUCCUCCGUUUGGUGGCUGUCUACCCUUUGCGACAAACAUCACGCUCGAUGCUGGUCGUGGUGUUCGCACCUCCCGUCAUCUUCAAAAUCGUUCGAUUAGUGAACAUCGGUAUAUUCCUUGGUCAAUGGGUGAAACAACUCGGAACCGCCGGAAGCCCAAUAGCAGCAGGCCAAGCGACCUGGGGACAGCAGCCUUGGACAAAGAUCGAAUGGUUCCUUCAACUGGCUGACAACAUAUACGCAUCCGUAUUGUUCCUUAUACGUCUGAAUUCAGGAAGAGGUCUCGCGACUGCCUCCACUGUUUCUAAAGCUGAUUCCUACGCCGCCAGACUCAAGGCAUUAUUCUGGAUCGCCAUAUCCAACUUUGUAUUUCCGGUUCUACUCAGUCUUGCUCAACUCAUCUUCGCGUUCCGAGACAGCAGCUAUCUCGAUGGGGGAUAUAUUUUCCUCACCAAUAAUUACGUUGAGAUCAUUGGUGUGCUGAUGGCCACAGUAUGGGUAGCUGGCAGUCACUGGUCUGAUGGCGGAUCGACCGCGUCGUCGUAUCCAAAAUCCUCCAACCAGUCCAUGAGCGCCCCACAGUUUUACAUUCCAUCCCGCCCGAGCCGUGCCACCGAUCGUACUUUUGGGUCUACCGUCACUAGUGAAGUUGGGUACAUUGAUAGCGAGAUGUCUCUGGACAGGUUGAGGGCCAAGGCAGCUCGUGUAUAA